GAGAGAGAGAGAGAGAGAGAGAGAGAGAGAGAGAGAGAGAGAGAGAGAGAGAGAGAGAGAGAGAGAGAAUCUUUUAAUGUCUCUUGUCUUCUGUCUUGGACUCGCGGUGUUUGCUAGAUAAUGUCCGAGAAUGUCCAUUUCUGGGACUCUGAGCAACUACUUCGUGGACUCCAUCAUAAGUCACGACAGCGAUGAACUCUCGGGCCCGGCUCGCUUCUCUACCGUGCAGUUCUCUGGUCCCAACUCCGCUGUGAUCGCGGGCGCGAGGCAGCCCGUGAGCGCAGCGCACGCGGACCUCCCCCAUCCCGACUCGUAUCCAUCCUGCAGCUUCCAGCCCAAGCCUCCGGUCUUCUCCUCGUCCUGGGGCCCGUUCAGCCCGCACGGACCCAGUGGCCUGCCAGCUGUCUACCACCCCUACAUCCCGACCCAGCACGUGCCCGCCACAGAUGCGCGAUUCCUCCGCUCAUGGCUGGAAUGCACACCGCGCGACUCCGAGUCCGUGCCAGGUCAGGCAGGCCAAGUCAAGCUGGAGCCGCAGCUCGGCCGUCAAGGAGGCGAGAUCCCAGUAAAGACCAGCGGACAGCAUCAGCACGAGACCGCGUACAUCUUGGAAUCGAUCACCUCAGCCGGGCGCGAGCUGAGUCACCAUCCGACCACCCUGGGACCGCUGCUCGAGGACAGUAAGGACGGCUGCGACGGGAGUCAGGACAAAGACAGUGUGGAUCAAAAUGACCCUUCAGCCAACUGGCUGCACGCGCGCUCCUCCAGGAAGAAGCGCUGCCCCUACACCAAGUACCAGACCCUGGAGCUUGAAAAGGAGUUUUUAUUCAACAUGUACCUCACGAGGGAUCGGCGGCAUGAGGUGGCGCGCGCGCUCAAUCUGACGGAGCGACAGGUGAAAAUUUGGUUUCAGAACCGGAGAAUGAAAAUGAAGAAACAGACCAAGGACCAACCCAAGGCGUAGAGGGACUCCAACCAUGCGCGCGUGCACUCGCACUCCUCCCUCAUCUAACCACGCGGACUGUUUACCAUAAACAUUCACGCAGGGGCUGUUUGAACCGAAGAGGCAGUGGUCACGCCAAUUCAUCAGCAGCCGAGGCCUACGUCACAGUUGUAAAACUCUUACGUUCAGGGAAGAGAACGCUGCUAGAGAGAAGCACGGAAUCCCAUCAGUCUGCUCCCGACGCUCCACGGUCCACAGCGCCUCCAGGCGCCUCCUCAACCUGUUAACGAACCGGAAGUUUGACACGAUUUAAGUUUAGAUGAACGAGAGGAGAUCCCACCCCCCUCUCUCUCUCUCUCUCUCACACACACACACACAAACACACACACACUCACACACACACUCACACACACACACACACACACACACACACACACACACACACACACACACACACACACACUCUCUCUCUCUCUCUCUCUCUCUCUCUCUCUCUCUCUCUCUCUCUCUCUCUCUCUCUCUCUCUCUCUCUCUCUCUCUCUCUCUCUCUCUCUCUCUCUCUCUCUCUCUCUCUCUCUCUCUCUCAUGGACAUCCCUGAUGAAACGCUUCUGGUGUGGAGCUUUAUUUUGAACGGAUGGAACCGCUCCAACAAAUAAAGGGUCUUUUUUCUCUUUAAUGCUUCUGCUCAGUUGUUUCUCUCACUGAAAAAUGAUUCGAUUAGAAAAACUCAGCGUUUCCGGUUAAAAAGCGGUUGGAUGUGACGGUAACGACGUUACCGGAACUUCUGGUGUCCCUUGUGGACUCCAGCGGUUCAGAGUGUCAUCUGCGUGCCAUAGCUGCUCCCAGGACUCAAAAGAGUCAGCCUCUGAUCUGCGUAAUCAUCUGCAGGAGCAGACUGAGCUAACCCAAACCUCGCAUGAACGAGGUUUUAGGCCAGCUUCAUACAAACACUCAGAAAUAUCAUUUCUCACACUGGUCACCACGAAUAGCUUACAUCCGGGUCACUCAGCGCUUUUCGUUUGAUGAAAGAAUCGUCUCUAUCUGUAGACAUUCAGCACAUUUAUCUCCUAUGCAAGGUGGGUUCCUCUCGUGCUCACGCGCAACCUGAGGGUCAGAAUUUUUCCAUGUUUGCAUUCCUCAGUCCCAACAUCGUAGAGCUGUUCCUUCAUCAUCAUCAUCAUCAUCAUCAUCAUCAUCAUCAUCAUCAUCAUCAUCAUCAUCAUUAUUGUUGUUGUUAUCAUUAUUAUUAUUAUUAUUAUUACUGUUAUUACUGUUAUCAUUAUUAUUAUUGUUAAUAUUACUGUUAUUAUUAUUGUUAUAAUGAUAAUAAUAAUUAUUAUUGUUAAUAUUAUUGUUAUUAUUAUUAUUAUUAUUAUUAUUGUUGUUGUUGUUGUUGUUGUUGUUGUUGUUGUUCUAGUGUUCUAGUGGUUGCUUACUUUGAAGUUGCAUAACUCCACCAGUUUUGCCCGUGGAAGCGGCGCGCGCUAAAACCCGUCCAGCAGCAUCAACAUAUUGUAUGAGGGGAAAUGGUUUUGCGCAUGCUCCGGAUGGCCUGUUUUGUUGCUUGUGUGUUGUAUUAAAUCUAUCGGAACGUGUUGCUUGCUGAAACAACAGAAAACAUGACCGAAGAAAGCAGUUUCUUAUUUAUUGUGCUAAAGUGUUUGUUUCUGUUGGGUCGGGUCGGGUCGGGGCUGUAGGGCUCGUGUCUGACUGUAACGUGGGAGCUGUUUGAUUUCAUUCUAGUGCUUUUGUGUUUGUUUCAUGUGAGCGGGGAGGAGCUGGGCAGAACGGAGACAACUAUGGAGCAAAGCUUCUCAGAUGUUGCAGCUCAUUUGAUUUCUCCUAACGAGACCAAUCCAAACCAUCUGCUCGUCUCCUCAUUCCUGCUCCUCUAAUGCUGGAUUCCUAUUAAACACGAGUCUUCACAACUUG